CUAUUUAUCUAUUUUUCCCAGCCUCCUGAUGGUCGGCUGACCAAGGAGACGCAAAUCGGAGAGGGCGGCACUGGAGCCGUGUUCAUGGUAAGGGACCAACCAAAUUCCUAGAGAGCAGGGGGAGCUGAAAGCAAGUUGAAAGUGCUAUCCCUGCUAUGCACAUGAUUACAUUCCUUAAUAACUCAAUAUUUCUGUCAGUUUGUUCCCAAUAUGAGUCUUGAUAUUUCCAGCUAAUACUGAAUGUCAGUUACACCUUUCUGUGUGUGUUACAGGGCCAUCACCAUCAAAGAGGUAAGGUAGCCAUCAAGAUGGCCAACAUCACUCGGGUAAGGUUUCUUUAUAGUUCCUUUCUCCAUAUCAUUCCUAUUGUGUGGCUGCCUAUGUGAGCUAAAGGGUUUUUAUUUUUCCUCUCCAGGAUGAGGAGUCAGUCUGCCGAGAGGUAAAUUUUCUCCUGAAGUUCAGCAGGCACAGGAACAUCGCCUCUUACUAUGGAGCUUAUCACCACCCUGCUCCAAACGAGGAGUCAUCGGAGUAUCUGGAAGUAAGAAAUUGUUUGUUGCAUCACAUUCAUCCUUUAUGUGCCAAAGAGAUCUCCAUUGGAGGCAAUAAAAUACAUACACAGCCUGAAAUCAUUCCUUCCUAUUGCAGCUUGUCCUUGAGUACUGCAGCGGCGGCUCCCUGUACGACCUGAUCAACAGCACCGAAGGCCAAUCCCUGAAGGAGACCUGGAUUGGCUAUGUCUGCAGGGAGGUAUUGAAGGUAAACUUGGAUUAACUCCUUAAAGACCCUUCUAUUAUUUUACUUUACAUAUACACGCUCUUUGUUAGGAAUAUUUAACCAAAUGUCUGUUAUAUUCUUAUAACCUACAUCUCAAUCUCCCCAGGCUCUCAACCACAUUCACCACCACCGGGCCGUUCACAGAGACAUCAAGAGCCCCAACGUGAUGCUCACCAAGAAGGGGAACAUCAAACUCAGUGAGUAAAACUUAUAGUUGUAAGAUGAAUGGAUGGGGGGAAGCUUCUGUGGAUAUAAAGUACAGAGGGUAUCAUGAUACAGGUUUUUAUCUUAUUGCCCUUAAAAUGAAUGAAUUUUCCAUUUAUAUGUUUAAUCUGUCAUUUCAGUCGAUUUCGGACUCUGCUGGGACCUGGACCCACAGACAGGGAAGUGCAAGGAGACCGAUGGGACUGCGCACUGGAUGGCGCCCGAGGCCUUUAGGAGGAGGGACAGGGAACCGGAAUUCGACACCAAAUGUGACAUCUGGUCCCUUGGAAUCACUGCCAUCGAAAUGGCCGAGGGAAAAACACCAUACGCCGAUCAGGAACUAGUGUCGGACCUGAUCAUCAACAACGACUCUCCGAGGCUCAUAUCAAGGACCUGGUCUCAAACUUUUGUGUCCUUCUUGGAGUCGUGCCUUGAGAAGGAUCCUUCCCGGAGAUGGAGUGUGGAAGAGCUCCUGCAGCACCCGUUCAUUGCUGAACUGCCCCCUACGAAGACCAUCAGGGCUGAAAUCGAGGAACACCUUCGGGCUGUGCAGAACCGGCCGGCCAAACAAGGAUUGAGAGCAGUUCGCUGGGCCAGGGAACAGCUACGGCGGGCCAGGGAACAACUACGGCGGGCCAGGGAACAACUACGGCGGGCCAGGGAACAACUACGCGGGGCCAGGGAACAGCUACGGCAGGCCAUGGAACAUCUACGGCCUUGCUGGGCCAUGGAACAUCUACGGCCUUGCUGGACCAUGGAACAUCUACGGCGAGCCUUCUGCGCAAUUGAAACAUCGCCAGAACAGAAGGAGGCUCAGCAAAUGGCCCUGGAGGGUUUUGCCUGUGUGUGAUCCUGUGGCCAAUAACAUCAAGUGCCCAGGGUGAGUCUCCUGUAUACCAUCCAAGGACAAAAGGAACAUCUGCAGAGAAAGGUACCAUCUCACCUUCUUCUACUGCUCCUUUACCACUAGGCUCUUUCCUCAGACUACCACACCUCUAGCAUCUGUAUCUCCAUCAACACGAUCCCUUGCAGCUGCCCCAGCUCCUCCACAGUGGCGUCUCCUCUUUAAAUAACUGUAACUCCACCAGCAGUCUCCGCCUUUAACAUCUGCAUUCAGAUCUGUUUUUCUAACUGUAGAUCUGUCAUCAUUAUCUGUCAUCAUAUCUCAGACUACCACUGCUCCACCAAUGAUGUCUUUCCUUUAAUAUCUUAAUUUCAAACAACCACAGCAACAGUGAUACUCACCACAAAUUUCUACAGAUUCACCAGUGGCAUUCACAUUUUUUAAACACCACAGCUCCACCAGUGGGACCUUAGAUUAAAAUUACCAUAGCUCCACCCGAGGUUUCUUCUCUUAAUUUUAGCUCCACCACCUGCCUUCCCUUUAUUUGUCUACUCCUCAACCAGCAUGCUCUUUGCCUUAUUCUAAUCUCUUUUUUCUCUUCAGCUAGUCUCUUCCAUUUAUCUUCUGUUCCACCCUCACACACUUCAAAUCUCCCACUGUAGAGCCAGCGACACCUCCUCUCUAAUCCCCUCACAUACACACUGACAUAAACCCUUAGUACAAGUUGAUCCAGGGACUUGUCCGAUUGCCCUUUUGGGAGUCA